ACCUCACAUAUAAACUUUUGUGAUAAGCGGUGAUGAGUGAAGUUUGUGGAUGAAGUGGAGGAGACACGGACCAGCUGUGAAAAAUUAAAGAAAACAAAGAGCAGAGCUGCGGUGAAACAAGCGGCGCUGUCUGACAGCCACGCGGCGUUUUCGCGUCAUUUUUUUUACGACCAUCAAAGCCAAAAUGUCCCUCCGCUACCACAACAAAGUUACGAUUGUCACUGGAGGGUCCAAAGGCAUUGGCAGGGGGGUUGUCAGAGUGUUUGUGGAGAACGGUGCUAAAGUGGUGUUUUGUGCAAGAGGAGGUGCAGCAGGUGAGGCUCUCGAGGCAGAGCUAAACAAAUCAGGUCCAGGCUCAUGCAAAUUUGUCACGUGUGACGUCUCCAAAGAGGAAGACAUCAAGAGAUUGAUCGCAGUCACAGUGGAGCGUUACGGACACAUCGACUGCCUGGUCAACAACGCGGGGUGGCACCCUCCUCAUAAAUCUACUGACGACACCACAGCGGAGGAGUUCAGAGAUCUGCUGAAUCUGAACCUCAUCAGCUACUUCUUGGCUUCUAAAUAUGCGUUGCCGUACUUGCGUCAGCGUCGUGGAAACAUCAUUAAUGUUUCCAGUCUGGUGGGAUCCAUCGGUCAGAAAGAUGCUGCACCGUAUGUCGCUACCAAGGGGGCGAUCAUCGCCAUGACAAAGGCGAUGGCUGUGGACGAGAGUCGUUACAACGUGAGAGUCAACUGCAUCUCUCCAGGUAAUGUGAUGACACCUCUGUGGGAAGAAUUAGCAGGACAGACACCAGACGCUGCAGCGGCCAUUAAAACGGGAGAAAACGCUCAGCUGAUGGGUCGUAUGGGGACUGAGGCGGAGUGUGGACUGGCUGCCCUGUAUCUCGCUGCCGAUGCCACUUUCUGCACCGGGAUAGACCUGCUGCUCAGCGGAGGAGCCGAACUCAACUACGGCUUCAAGAGUCAGAUCCCAUCCUGACUCCUCCGGGCCUCCAAAGACUCCUCAUGGUUGUUGGAUAGUUGGUUUAACAGAUAAUUGUUUUAAAAAGCAGAUUAUACCAGUGGAGGAAAGUAACUAAGUACAUUUACUCAAGUACUGUACUUAAAU